AUAUGAAUGAAGACAUUGAUGAAAAUUUUGUCAGACAUUUUCUCUCUCGAAGAAAAUUAAGUUGUGAGCAGAUUGAGAAGAUAUCUGAGAUAAAGAAUAUGACAGGAGCUCAACCAAAAGAAGAAUCUCAAUCACAAAUUUUAGAUAUGGAGACAAUUGAUCUAACCUUACUCCCACCAGUAAACUUUAGGUUGACCCGGAAAGUAGGUUCUGAUGGAUUGCUUGUUGCUUGGUCGACUCCAGAAGAUAAUGAAGUAACUGGGUUCCAGAUAUAUAUUGAUGACAAGCUUGGCCAUAGAGUACGCAGUUCUUCAAGAACUAAAGCUUUGCUGCAUGGGUUAGACCUUCAAAAUUCAAUAAACCUCAGGAUUCAUAGUACAGGGAUAGAUAAUAAACUCUCCAAAGGAGAGUCAGUACAGUACAAUCCACUCACAUUCAUUAGUCCAGAAAAAUCAACAGUUUCAGCGGAGUUUUCCCGAGUAAAAAUUCACAGAGAUUAGGAACGUUAAAGAGAAGAAAACUAACUUUAAACUAAAUAUAAAAAAGUGUUAAAGCAAAUUUAGAUUUACCCAAAAUGUUUAUUUUGUGUA